AAGAGCUAACCCACCAAAGAGAACUCAGGGGCAGUUCUAUUGGAGAGCUGAUGUGAUUCAAAGGAGAAAGGACAGUUUCAAAGCUCAGACGAGUGAAUAGCUGCAGAAAUACAGUGAGCUCGGAAAAAACUCUUUGGUAACCUCAGCAAAGGAAUAAAGCACUGGGGCAGAAGGACCUUCCGUCCCACGAUGACAUCGGUCCAGCGGCUCCUGCUCCUGCUCUCCUUGGCUUUUGCCAGCGUCUGUGUCAAUGUGGGGCAGCCAUUUCCAGAGGGGAUGGAGAAUGAGGGAAAGAGCAAUCUGGAUGGCAUCCUCCAAAGGGCAGAAAACAUCAUCUUGAAGUCCAUUUUGAAGAAGGUGGACGAUGACAAAGAAGAUCCCAACAAAGAGCCAGGAGCUUUUCAGCCAGACUGGAUCUCGAAAAGGCAGCACCCUGGAAAGAGAUCUCUCUACGAUCUAGAAAAGAAGCAGCAUCCCGGGAAAAGGGAAGAUGUGGAUGAGGAAUCUUACGGAGAAACUGUGAAGCGUCAGCACCCUGGGAAAAGAGAGGAAGAGGAUGAAUUUGAUCCCUACUUGGAAGUGCAGAAGAGGCAGCACCCAGGCAGGAGGUACCUGCGAGAACAAUACCUUGACCUCCCUAGCAGCAGCCAGCUAGCUUAUCUGGAUGAAUUCUCCAAAAGGCAACAUCCAGGCAGGAGGUACCUGACAUACAGCAAACGACAGCACCCUGGCAAGAGGAGCUGGGAGGAGGAGAUUGAUGAGGGUGAGCAGAACCUGGAGAAACGACAGCAUCCGGGCAAGAGGUAUCUGGUGGAUGCAGAGAACCCAGACUACACUACUGUCCCCUGCGAGCCCCAGGAUUCCUUUGAAUGUAGCAAAGGCAGUUUGCUGCUAGAGUUGCUCGAUAACGUAAGCAAGGGCCGCGUCGACGAGAAGCGGCAACAUCCCGGAAGAAGGUCUUCAUGGGAUGGUGCGUUGGAGGAAGAGGAAUGAGAGGUGGCUAGGGGGUGUGCUUUCUCGUUGUUUUCAUUCCUCCGAACGAUUUCUCCCAACCAUUCAAUGUUCCAUCCAUAACCCUUUUUCUUCUUCCUUCCUUUCUGCUUGCUGAAACCUACUUCGCAGGUGAUUCUUUAUAGUGUGCUCCUUCCUGGUGGGCUAUGGUCCAGAUUUAGCAAUGCAUGGACGUACGGAUUUCAUUUUAAGCAUGGCACUUUGUGCCCCCACCCCUUGAGAGGCAUGUGGCCAGGCUCACCCCCACAUGCUUAAAAUGGAACGUGUUAGUCAAGGAUGAUUCCAAUGUUUCAUUUCUUGUGUGGGC